AUGUCAGGCCAAGGGAAGCCGGGGCAAGCCAAGUCAAGUCAAGUCAAGGGAAGCCAAGGGAAGCCAAGGGAAGCCAAGGGGAAGCCAAGGGAGGCCAUGUCAGGCCAAGGGAAGCCGGGGCAAGCCAAGGGAAGCCAAGGGAAGCCAAGUCAAGUCAAGGGAAGCCAAGGGAAGCCAAGGGAAGCCAUGUCAGACCAAGGGAAGCCGGGGCAAGCCAAGGGAAGCCAAGGGAAGCCAAGUCUAGUCAAGUCAAGGGAAGCCAAGGGAAGCCAAGGGAAGCCAAGGGGAAGCCAAGGGAAGCCAGGGGAAGCCAAGUUAUGGCAAGGAGAGUAUGUUCAAGCCAAAAAUGAAGGUUUCUUUGGAGAUACUUUAAAUGAAGAAAAUACAAAUAGGAAACGUCAACAGGUGACUCAGCAUAACACCACUGCCACAGGCUAA